AUGGCGAAUCCGACGGAGAAUCUCGACUUGAAUCCACCAACCCGAGCACCAGAAUACGAAGAGGAAGAAGUUGAAGAACUGAACGGCGACGAGGAAGAAGAAGAAGAAGAAGAGGAGGAGGACGAAGGAGAAGACGACGAUGAUACCGUCUCGAAAUCUCAAACGCGCGAGCGCCGAUCCAGCGUGGACAGGAGCAACGCGGAGUCGCUCUUCCGUCGGAUGCGAGCAGCUCCUGUGCCGAUGCGCGUUCACGACGUGAUCCUCAAAGGGAACGAGAAGACCAAGGACCACAUCAUCGAGGCGGAAGUUCGUGCUGUGAGAGAGGCGAGCACGUUGCAGGAGCUUCUCCAAGCCUCUUCGGUUGCCAAUUCGAAUCUCCGAGCUCUCGAUAUCUUCGAUUCCGUCAACAUCACGCUCGAUUCUGGUCCGCCGGAGCUUCCUGGCACCACCAAUGUCGUCAUCGAAGUUGUCGAGAGCAAAAACCCUCUCACCGGCCAAAUCGGCGCCUUCACUAGAGCUGAGGCUAGAUCAUCGAGCGUUGAAGCAUCAUUGAAGUAUAAGAACAUUUUUGGGUAUGGAGAUAUUUGGGACGGCUCUGUAGUUUAUGGAUGUGACAACUCCGUUGAGGUUGGCUUGGGGAUGUAUCUGCCAAAGUUCAAAGGACUUCCUACACCGUUCACUUCCCGUCUUUACCUUUCGACUCAAGACUGGCUGCAAUUCUCUUCUUAUAAAGAACGAGCUCUCGGACUCUCUCUAGGGCUUCUCUCAACCAAGUACCACGAGCUGGUUUACACUGUUGCGUGGCGUAACCUGAUAGACCCGUCCCAAUCUGCUUCAAAAUCAAUAAGGAGGCAGCUUGGACACAGUCUGCUCUCUGCAUUGAAGUAUACUUUUAGCUAUGACCAGAGAGACUCAUCCUUGAGGCCAACAAGUGGAUAUGCUUUCACCUCUGCUUCUCAAAUCGGUGGUCUUGCUCCUGAUAGCCGAAGCCUACGCUUUUUGAAGCAGGAGAUUGAUCUUCGAUACGCUGUUCCAUUUGGGUUUUACCAAGCUGCUCUGAACUUUGGUGUGUCUGGAGGUGUGACCUUUCCAUGGGGAAGUGGAUACCAGAACCGAGCUUCCUCUGUGCCAGAGAGAUUCUUCUUGGGUGGGAAUUCAUCGCCUGUGUGCUCUUUGGGUGGGCCAUCGGCGCUAUGGGGAUUCAAGACCAGAGGACUUGGUCCUAACGAGCCAAAGAGUAAAGGCAACGACGAGAGAGAUUUCGUUGGAGGAGAUGCUGCGGUCACUGCGUUUGCGGAUCUCUCGUUUGAUUUCCCGGUGAGAUGGUUGAGAGAGAGAGGAAUCCACGGGCAUGUGUUUGCUUGUGCGGGGAACAUGGCGAAGCUGACUGAGAAUGAGUUUAGAAACUUGAGUGCUCCAAAGUUCUUGGAGACGUUUAGAACUUCAGUUGGUGCUGGAAUCGUCUUACCGACUAGUCUCUUCCGUAUGGAGGUUAACUACUGCCAUAUAUUGAAGAAACAAGAACACGACCGAGCGAAAUCUGGGUUUUUCCUUACAUUCUCUGCCGCGUCCUGA